UCUUGGUUAUAUUUUCAUCUCCCAACGAAAACUCUCGUUCAAUGUGGUUUUCGGUCUCGCAAUUCUUGGCCUGGGAUAGCCUCCGUUGGGGAAGAUGUUGUUCUGGAAAAAUGGGCCAUCCAUAAGAAAAUAACCUUUAAUCUGCCGCAUGAUCUAAAAGGUUGAACAAAACCCAAAGUUGGGUGGUGUAACCUUCAAAGAGGGAAGGAUUUGGAAAGAGAUCAACGUGUUCUUGACUAUAGAACAUGGGCUGACCGAUUGCACCAAAGGAUGCCUUCAAAAAGGGAUUAAAGCACACCCGCUUCCCACUGUUAAAAGGACAACGUGGCAACACGCACGUCUAAAAGUUAAAAAGAAGAGGAAAUUAAAACUAGGACUGCAAUUUCCUUGGACCGGAGUCCCGUUUCAGGAUCUUCUCAGCAUGGAAAUUAUAUUUGGCCAAGAGUGGUGGAUGCUGAUAUUUUAUUUCUGCAUUUCGGUCCCGUUUUUAAUUCUCGGGUGGAUCCUUUAUGAUGAUUUUACCAAGAUGCAUGUCCCGCCGGGAAUCCGCCAGGGGAUGAAACUUCGGCUCAUCUAUCUGUUCAUCUGCAUUUUUCUCAGACUGGCUUGGAUCCUGGCAAAACUUGGCAUCUGCAGUAUGGAAGAUCCGCUGUAUAAAUUGGCGGUAUGGAAGUUCGUGGCAAACGGAAUAUUUCCAGCGGGGCCCUGUGACUUGAUCAUCAAGGAAAUGGUUUUCGACAAUGUGCCCGUGAGGCUCUAUCAGUGCAGAACAUCAAAUGCUGAGAACAGGAGAGGACUUGUGUGGAUUCACGGAGGAGGGGGCCUUUUUGGAAGCCUCAAAAGCCACGAAAGGCUGUGCCGUUUCUUUGCCCAGGAAAGUGCCACCGUGGUCGUAUCUAUCGGGUAUCCCUUGGCACCAGAACAUCCCUAUCCAGCUCAACAACGGAGCUGCUACGCGGCUGUAUCGUACUUCCUGGAGCACGCGCAGGACUUCGGCGUGGACCCUCAGCGGAUCGUGUUGGGGGGCGAAAGCAGUGGAGGCUGCAUCGUGGCGGCCAUUUCUCAACAACUUGUGUUCAGGAAGGACCUGCCCCAGGUCAGGGCCCACGUGCUAAUCUACCCUUACCUCCAAGGUGUGGAUUUCAACCUGCCAUCUUACCAGCAAAACCAGUCAGUGCCCCUCUUACUCAUGAGAGAUGUGGUCCGUUUUGGCAAGUUUUAUCUCACCGGAAAGACCUCCGACGUCGAUGGAGUGAUGGCCAACGCUCACGUUCCGGAACAUCUCAGGGCCAAGUACCAGAAAUGGAUCAGCGCCGAACUUAUUCCGGAAGAAUUUAAAGUCCGGGGUUACGUCCCUUUUGUACCUGGUCGGUUUUCAGAAGACCUCUUCAAAGAAUGCGAGAGAGCUUUUGAUCCCAUGUUUUCGCCACUCCUGAUGGAAGACGCCGUCCUCCGACGGUUUCCAGAGACAUUCCUUUUGACCUGCGAAUACGACAUUUUCCGAGACGAUGGCUGGCUGUACAAGAAACGGCUGGAAGACAACGGGGUGCCCGUCACCUGGCAUCACCUGGAGGACGGAUUCCACGGGAUCACCUUGCUGAUAGGAUUUGGGCCACUGGAGUUUCCCGGGACGAGGAGGGGUCUCAAAAGUACCAUCCAAUUCCUCGAACGCUUCUAGAAACCCAACGUCCACCUUCUUCUGCUCUGUUCGUCUUUCCUGCUUGGUGACUUUGCCUGGUGUGUUUGUGUGUGUGUGUGUGUGUGUGAGUGGGAGGCACUCACGCACAACUCCAUUUGUUUGAGUGGCGUGUGUGCCACCCCCUCCACUCGCAUGAAUGGACCUCCAGGCAAGCUGUUGUACUGAUGGAUUGUUCUCGCAGUCAGAAAAUUCCUACUUAGUUCCAGGUGACGUGAUCUGUCCCAGGUGAACUCUUCCGUCCUUCCGUGGUCAGUAAAAUGAAGACCCAGUUUCUUGGGGGUGAUAGGCCGGCUCUCUAAGCACUUUACAAAACUAGCCUAUUGCCCCAUAUAAUCUGGGUCCUCAUUUUACUGACCUCGGAAGGACGGAAGACUGAGUCAACCUUGAGUCGGUAAGGAUCGAACUGCUGGCAGUGGGAAGGGUUAGCCUGCAAUCCUGCAUUCUAACCGCUAUGCCACCAAGGCAGAAUAAGAUAGGAUAUAGGAUAUUAGCUGGAUACCCGUGUUCCGCUACAAAACUAUGUGAUAGGGCUUGAUAAAUCGACACAGCUUGAAAAUUAAUGAGAAGUUACGAUCGGCCUCACCUCUCUCUUUCUCUCCCACAGGCUCCCCCCACAGAGGCCUCUCCUAUCUUAUCCCCUUUUCUCCCUUUCAGGUGGGGUGUAGAAUAUCUAAACAGCCAACCGGCAGGAAAGAUGAGCCACACGCUGGCCACGCCCAAGUGGCAGUUGGAACAGAGUUCUUUUGAGGUGGGGAGGGGGAGUAGAGCGUCUAACUCCUUAGCAUCAUAGCGUGUUAAUAAUAAUAUAAGAAAUACUAAUGAUCUGAUGGUCAUUUCGAAAAAUCCUUUCUUAGCGAGCACCUAGAAGCCAAGAGGAACAUACGUGGCAAAUUUCGAGUUUGUAGGCUUUAGGGUUCUGGAGAUUUCGUGAUGAUCCGUGAGGGGUACUUCGCUUUUAUAUAUACACAGAUAGAAUAUAGAAUAUUGAAAAUAAUAAUAAAAUUUAGAAUAGAAUAAGAAUAGAUAUAAAAUAGAACGGAAUAUAAAAUAUAGAGUAGAAUAGAAUACAGAACAGAAUAGCCCUUAGACUUAUAUACCGCUUCAUAGUGCUUUCCAGCCUUCUCUAAGCAGUUUCAACAUCUUCCCCCACACCCAUAACAAUCUGGGUCCUCAUUUUACCGACCUCGGAAGGACGGAAAGCUGAGUCAACCUUGAGCCGGUCAGGAUCGAACUGCUGGCAGUGGGAAGGGUUAGCCUGCAAUCCUGCAUUCUAACCGCUACGCCACCAAGGAGAAUAGAAUAGAGUGCACAGGCUGCACUGGCUACCUGUGGCUUUCCGGGUGCGCUUCAAGGUGCUGGUGACCACCUUUAAAGCGCUCCAUGGCAUUGGGCCGGGUUACUUACGGGACCGCCUACUGCUACCGAAUAUCUCUCACCGACCCGUGCGCUCUCACAGAGAGGGUCUCCUCAGGGUGCCGUCAGCGCGGCAAUGUCGUCUGGCGACGCCCAGGGGAAGGGCCUUCUCUGUGGGGGCCCCCACCCUCUGGAAUGAACUACCCCCCGGUCUUCGUCAGCUUUCGGACCUCCGGACCUUCCGCCGCGGGCUUAAAACACAUUUAUUUAAUUGUGCAGGGCUGAGCUAAAUUUUAAAUUUUAAAUUACUGGUUUUUAAAUUGGCUUUUAUUUUAUAUUUUUAAUUUUAAAUUAAUAGGCGUUUAGAAUAAGUUUUUUAACUGUUUUUAUAUUUCUUACAUUGUAUUUAUGUGUUUUAAAUGCCUGUACACCGCCCUGAGUCCUUCGGGAGAUAGGGCGGUAUAUAAAUUUGAUAAAUAAAUAAAUAAAUAAAUAGUGGAACGGAAUAUGGAAUAUGGAAAAUAAUAGAAAAUAGAAUAGAAUAAUAAAAUCGGGAAAAAUCGGUCCUAAAUCACAUUUUUCAGGGCUUUUGUAACUUCAAACGGUCAUUAAAUGUUGUGCUAUUAGAUAAUCCCCUAAUUAUGACGCAGCAGCGUGCGGCAGCAGCCAAAAAAGCCGAUUGAAUCCUAGGUUGCAUAAACAGAUUAAUAAAACCAGCAUCACGUGAAGUAUUAUUGGUGCUUUACAGAGCCUUAGUAAGGCCACACCUGGAAUCCUGCAUCCAGUUUUGGCCGCCACAUAUUACAAAAUAGACGCUGAGACUCUGGAAAAAGUGCAGAGAAGAGCAACUAGGAUGAUCGAAGGCCUGGAGACUAAGACAUAGGAAGAGCGGUUGCAGGAUUUGGGUUGCAAAUUGUGGUUUUCUCUGGCAGGGUGCAAUUCCUCCUGCAGCCAUCGGGGGGCAUCCCCAGAGAGGGAAUUGCUGGAUAAAUUCCCUGUGGGACAAAUUUUCCCAGGGUGAAGGCCAUACGAGAGAGAGAGAGAGAGAGAGAGAGAGAGAGAAUUCUAGUAACAAUAAUAUUCAUUACUUGUAUAUAAUAACAUUCUUCC